ACUGACCUUAGUGGGCGCACUCUCACGGCCUUGGCGUUUCACAGAGAUUUUGUGGAAAAUAGAGGCUGUGCUUUACGUAUUUCGGUAGUUUUGAGGAAUACACGAGCUCUUCCACUAGCAGAGCAGUCGUUUAUUCCAGUACAUCAUCCGGUGCGUGUGUGUUUACUCUCGGUGUCUUUGAAAGCACGCUUUCCUCAUGCUAGUCUUUGUAUGUAACGUUACUGAGCGCUUCUGGAAGACAUCAGCUCGACUCCAGCUGCUUUCAUUAAACUGUGCUUUGCUUCCUCAGGGUCGCGUUUUUGCCUUACAAAAACUGUAGUUUCUUAAUUACUUCACGCUUGGUGUGAACUUUAUUUUUUUUGUUUGCGAGAUAAUAGCAGCCAUUGAAUUGCUAGCGGCUAGCUAGCCCGCUUCACUCUCAGUCGGCGUGUUGGAGCUGCUGGAAAAUGUCAGAUUUUGACGAGUUUGAGAGACAGCUGACCGAAAACAAGCAAGCGGACAGAGACAAGGAGAACAAGCACCACCGGCGCAGUGGCUCGAGAAGUCGCAGCAGAGACCGGGACAGGAAAAGAAAGAGCCGGGACCAAGACAGAGAAAGGAGAGGAGGCAGCCGAGAUCGUCAUGGAGACAGCAAGGACCGCAGACCCAGAUGCAGUCACUCUCCACACCGUGAGAAGAAAAAGAUUAAAGUGAUAAAAUAUUGGGAUGUUCCUCCUCCUGGAUUUGAACACAUCACACCCAUGCAGUACAAAGCCAUGCAGGCUGCUGGUCAGAUCCCAGCCACUGCUCUGCUACCCACAAUGACCCCUGAGGGUCUGGCUGUGACCCCAACACCUGUUCCUGUUGUGGGCAGUCAGAUGACUCGACAGGCCCGGCGACUUUAUGUCGGCAACAUCCCAUUUGGCAUCACAGAGGAGUCUAUGAUGGACUUCUUCAAUGCUCAGAUGCGUUUGGGUGGCCUGACUCAGGCCCCAGGUAACCCAGUCCUUGCUGUUCAGAUCAACCAGGACAAGAAUUUUGCCUUUUUGGAGUUUCGUUCGGUGGAUGAAACGACACAGGCCAUGGCAUUUGAUGGCAUAAUUUUCCAGGGACAGAGUUUAAAGAUUCGUCGACCACACGACUACCAGCCUCUGCCAGGCAUGAGUGAGAAUCCCAGUGUCUAUGUCCCAGGCACGUCUCUCUUUUGCUCCCCCAAUUCUUGCGUCGUCUCCACGGUGGUGCCUGAUUCGGCCCAUAAACUCUUCAUUGGCGGUCUGCCAAAUUACCUCAACGAUGACCAGGUCAAGGAAUUGCUGACAUCGUUUGGCCCUCUGAAGGCCUUUAAUUUGGUGAAAGACAGCGCAACAGGCCUCUCUAAGGGCUAUGCCUUCUGUGAAUAUGUUGAUGUCAAUAUCAGUGACCAGGCCAUCGCAGGGCUAAACGGGAUGCAGCUGGGUGACAAGAAACUCCUGGUCCAGAGAGCAAGCGUCGGCUCCAAGAACACCACACUGACGGGUAUAAACCAGACACCAGUUACCCUUCAAGUUCCAGGUCUCAUGAACAGCUCGGUGACUCAGAUGGGCGGCAUUCCCACAGAAGUAUUGUGUCUGAUGAACAUGGUGGCUCCAGAGGAGCUGCUGGAUGAUGACGAGUAUGAGGAGAUCGUGGAAGACGUCAGAGAGGAGUGCUCCAAAUAUGGCCAGGUCAAGAGCAUCGAGAUCCCACGUCCCGUUGAUGGCGUGGAAGUUCCUGGCACUGGAAAGAUCUUCGUGGAGUUCAUGUCAGUGUUUGACUCCCAGAAGGCAAUGCAAGGCUUAACGGGAAGGAAAUUCGCCAACAGAGUGGUGGUGACUAAAUACUGCGACCCUGAUGCCUACCACCGCCGUAACUUCUGGUAGAGGCAGGACAGAAUCCAGAGCGAGAGAGACUCGGAGAGAUGCAGAUGGUGUGAUUUGAAUCUCUCGAAAGCCCCUUAUUUUGUAGAUUUAUGAGGUCCGAGAGAGUGUGAGCUUUUUAAAUUCUGGCAGACUAAAAGCAUGACUUGUGAUUGGUUAGAAUGUAGCGAACCAAUCAUUUGUCAUGUUUUUUUUUUAUGAUGGCAACAACGUUGAAGUAUGUGCAAAGCUUUAAGAUGGGAAAAUGGACCGUACCAUGUCAUUAUCUACAGAAAAGGAUUCAGUUAGACAUGCCACUAAACUUCCAGCUUAAUUUUGGCCCAUAGUGAAUUUACAUGUCACUUUAUCUCAAUGUUAAAUUCCUGCUCUAUCAUCUGUACAGCUCACACACUGGUCAGAUAGGAGUGUGAGGAGGAUGUAAAGGAGCAAGUGAGGAAAGAGAAAUGAUGACAACUACAGAAAUGAAUGUUACACUCAAACAAGAAGGUGAGAGGGGGUAUUUCAGGAGAGAAGUCUUUGUUAUUUGGAUAUGGUUUUAUAUUUAGGCUGUGAAUGAGGUUUCCUGUGUAAAAGUGUAGAGGUUAAAAAGCCAGAGGAGUUUCCAGGUCAUCUUUUGACACCAUACAUGUAUGAGGUAAAGCCGCUACAGGUGAAUCUUGUAGAGGGUGAAUAUUACCAAUUACGUCUAUACUGUCCUCUAUUUUCCCCAUCCUCCUCUGUCUUUUUCCUGCUAUCGCUCCCUUCUUUUAUAAUAGUUGAACUGUUUUUCGUGAACCCUAUUUUCCUGGCCCGAUCUAACCAAAUUUAUACACAGUGAAAAAGAUACUCCUAUUUAUUUAUUUUUUUCUUUUUAUACAUUCUGUAUCUAACUGUCCACUGCUGUUUUUUAAAAACUAAUUUGAACUAAUCAACUUCGCUGAGUUGAUUUAAUACAAUGCGUUUAUGUAUGAAGACCAGAGAAACUUCUGGUGAAAUAAACUCAAUGCGUUUGAAUUGACUUGAUACACACUGCAUCUGUAUUCUGCCAGCAGAUAGUGCUAACAGGCACUGCUCACUUCAAGUAGUGUAGUUCCAAUACGGUAUCUGAGUAUUAUGAGCAAUGGGUCAGUCAGUAGUCAGUCUGUUUUUAGAGUGGGUUGGGGGGUUUUUUUUUGGUUAAAGAAAAGAAAGGACAAAAAUAUCAGAAAUAUGUUGAUUGCUGAUAUUCAUGUGUUUCUAUAAGUUGACUGGAAAUGCUGAGAAAUAGAGAUUGAGGAGUUUAAUGUGCUUCACAAAACCAGUAGAUUAAACUGAAUAAAGUCCUCUGCAAAGACUGGGAAAAGAGUCGUUUAUCAGGUGGUUAAUUUUAAUAGAAUAUAACAAAAUUGCAUUUAGCUGUUUGGCAUGAGUCCAUGGAUAUAAAUUUAUUUUUAUUAAGAAGAAAGUUACUGGUUAGAUAAAAAUGGUCUCUGAGUCUACCGACAGCUACAGACUACCUGAUGCAUGUUAUGCAAAAAAAUGUCUGAAAAUGAAUUCCAAACUGACCAAUAUUUUUUAGAGUGCCAGGAAAAUUUGUUGACAAGCAGAGCUCAAUAGUAAGGUUUUUUCAACUUCUGGUCCAGUCGGACCAGCAAUUCAGAUUUUUAUGUGCCCUGCCGCAAAAGAAUGAUCAGUUUUAAUCUUUAGCACUAUAUUAGAUUUAAUUUUAUUUUUUCCAACGUUUUCACCUGGAAAUUAUUCAGCUACAAUGUAAGCCAAUUAAUUAAACACUUUUGCUUGAAAGUAAAGGCAUAUUGUACAAAACAUACUGACUAGUUCUCUGUUUUUGCAAAUUUGACACCACCUCAUCUAUGUUAGCCAGCUUGGAAACAUUAUCAUGGUGGCGAAUCAGCAGUUUGCAACAAUGUAGAAUGUGUUGUUCAUGGUGCCAAGUCUUUGAAAGAUGUAAAUGCAUUUAGUUUGUAAAUGAAUAGUAUGCUUUUAUAUUUUUCUUUGUUAAAGUUCAAUGAAAUAGUUCUUAUAACUUU